AGUGCAAAAGAAGCCUGCCAAAGUGUGAUGCGGCCUAUGGCCCUGCUUGGCGGACGGUUCCACAAGCUCCACUGAAAGAACUUUCGAAGGCACGGUACUCAUGGCGCCAUUGGAGGAUUUGCACUCCAAAGACCUUGCAUGGAUCAGUGACUUCGUCAUGCAGCAAGUGGUCAUCAUGAUGCGUCCCAUGAUGGACCACUUGCAGCAAACAGACAACUCCGUGGACUAUGCCCAACGACAGGUGAACCGGAUUAGCAUGGACCUAGCCGAAGUCAAAGCAGACGUCGACCGGACCAACAAGUACCUUGCGAUAUUGCGGCAGGGCUUGGGGGUGCAAAAUGAGGGCAAAUGCGUAUUGCAACGAAGUCUGGAGUCAAAUACCCGGACUGUCAAGAGGCUGGAUGAGCAGAUGGAGAGUCUUUUGACCGUUCUGAGAGGAGUGGAGGAGAGUUUCUCCCAGCUCUGCACUGACUUCAGGGGUGCUAACACGCGCCAUGAGGAGCUCUCGCAGAAGGUCAGCGAGCACACGAUCACAAUCGAUGAUUUGCAGGCCAAAGUCGACCGCAUCGAAGCUCCAAAGGAUGAGGGCAUGAACGAGCCACGUAUCGAGGUCUGGCACCAGCUGAAGGAGCUCCGGAAUCAAAUCAGCCUGGUGCCAAAGCUGGAGGAGAAGGGCAAACCCCCCACUGCUCAAAGUGUGGGGGUGAGAGCUGAGCCUUGGCCAAAGAAGAGCUACGCCGCUGUGGAGGUAGCGACGCCAGGAAGCUAUGCAGCGAGCAGCCUUUCCGAUGCCACCAACACUGGUAGCAGCCACGCCAAACGCAUCAGCCGUGUCGGUAGCAGCUCCAGUCGAGCACAAUUACUGCCCCAGGAGCAUUUCACUUUGAGCGUGCCCAGUCGAAAUCCUCGAGUCUGGAGUGAAGACACAACUGAUGACCCCUCGGAGGAGGCGCAUGAGAAUGCCCGGCUGCCCAUGUUGGCAAGGCCCGUGGCGAGGCAUGUUGAUCGAAGUGGGGGCACGACUGAAGCGCCCCGCUUGCGCUUCACUGCCACCAUGCAGCCAGUGCAGCCCUCCAGGGGACCACCCUCCAAAUAGAGGAGUCAAUCAACGUCUUCGCUGGGUGCUCGAGCUUGGCCUUUUUUCGGAUGGGCUGAGCUGAUUCCACCGAUUUGGAGGAACUUCCAAAUGGAAGCGCCUCAAGUGGAUGCGGAGGAGCUUCCAAAUCUGCGGACAAAGAACAGC